AAGUAAUGUCGGUUUUCUCUCAUCAGGCGUAUCAUUAAUCACAUGGUCUCUAAUUUAUUGAUCCUGGACAAAGCCAAGACACCGAUUUCUUUUUGUUUUUCCUCUUGCAACUUUAUCUCGCUAUCAUCUACAAAUAGCGGAAAAAAUCGGAUUCUGAUGUAAACCACCCGACACAUCUCUGGGGAAACGAGAGAAAUCGUUGGGAAUAGAAUUGGAGUGUAAUUGUUUACAAUGAAACAACAUAACAUGGGGCUGAAGAAUUAAAUUUGGACGGUAACUCUAUCUUACUCCCGCUGUGUUUGCAUUUUAUCGAAUCCUCGGCCUAGUUAGAGGUCUUAUUGGCAGCCUUGCUCUAACGUUAGCGUUCAUUGACGAAGGUCCAAACUUAUUAGAAAAAUACCAUAAAACCUUUUUUAUGAGCUGUUAUGACAAUUACAUGGAUUUUUUUUUUCAUUUUGUGUCUGUUCUUUGGUGGGCGCAUGCGCUUUGGAUUUUUUGGCACGCGAUAGUCAGACGACAGACUUGUGUGUUAUAGAUUCCACGCUCCUAUGGUCUAAUUAGUGUGGUUUUGCAGAGGGAGGUUUGAAAAGCGGGAAGUUUUGCUUGAUCAUGUAUGUGUUCGUUGAACAUGUUGUCUUAAACAGAUGGAAAUAUAUUAUCUAUCUUUGAACUGAUACGAAGCCAACCGGUAGUCGAGAUGAAUUUCCGUUGAGCAAAGAGAGCAGAGAGAAGGGAACCCUUUUGCUAACUCUAUCAUUCAGCGAGCCUAUUAAUAGAAACAAACAACGAGAGAUCUUAACACAGCUAAACAGAUUGUAUUUAUUCUUUCGGGAUUAUCUGAAUGGAAGAAAAUGAGCGUGCAGUCUUUUCUACUGAUAGUGGCAAUACUAAGUGGCAGUGUGUUGACAAUAUCAUCUGAAAUUCGCCAUCUCGGUAAUUCUGUGGUUCAUCUGAAAUCUGGAGAUAUAAGAGGACUGUGGGUGACAUUCAAAGACUCGCGUUGGACCCCUGUUGAAUUGUACAGGGGUCUGUCUUAUGGGUCCCUGGGUAAACAAGACCAGGCCACGACGGAAUCUAACUUUUACAGCCAGUGGAAUAAAACCCUCAUUGUCGACCAAUGGGCGAAGGUCUGUCCCCAAGAGGACAUAGCUGGAGUGAAGUCUUUGAAAGACCUGUUAAAGGUGUUGCCAAGGGUACAUGUUAUUCGUUUAUACCACCGGUCUAAUUACACCAAAAAUCAAAUGGAAGAUUGUCUGACGUUAAACGUGUUUUUGCCUGCACGAGAAUGGACGGACACAACUCCUUUUGCAGUCAUGGUUUUUGUCCAUGGAGAAUCCUAUGAAAUAGGAACCGGAAAUGCGUAUGACGGAAGUGUCCUGGCGAGCUAUGGUGACGUCAUUGUUAUUACGAUCAACUAUAGACUAGGUGUCCUCGGUUUCCUGAACACCGGGCACAGCUCGGCCCAGGGUAACCAAGCUCUGAUGGACAUCCUGGCCGUACUACAGUGGGUCCAGGACAACAUCGCAGCCUUCAAUGGCGACCCCAACAAGGUCACGCUGUUUGGGCAUGGACACGGAGCAGCCCUAGUCAACAUCCUGAUGUUCUCUUCCCUAACUGAGAAAGGGAAGUAUUUUCAAAGGGCAGUCAUACAGAGUGGGUCGGCGCUGAGCCGUUGGGCGGUGUCCUACGACGCCUAUUCCUGCGCCCAGUGGUUGGCGCGAAACGUCAACUGCUCCAGCUUCCCCAACGACAUAGAGGGCCUCACCAAGUGCUUAAGAAGCCGAAGUGCGCAGGAUCUUGUCAACAGCUCGCCUACCGCCCCGAAGUAUUACUCCUGCAUGGCGCCGUCACCGAAUCCAUAUGGAGAAAUAUUUCGGGCACCUGUUGAGAAUCUGAUGAGCGAAUCCCGGAAUACCUUCACAUCCAUUCCAGUUAUAUUCGGGGUCACAAGCAAUGAGGCGUACAUGUACCUGAAACAAAAAGAACUCACAGAUGGUAUCAGCGAGGACAGGAAGUCGAAGAUAAUUCGGACGUUUGUUCUGAACAACUUUCAAUACAACCGGCAGAAGAUAUACGAGAUCUUGUACCACCAGUACACGUCUUGGGAUACAAUACAAGACGACUUUACACGGAGAGACAAUGUCCUACAACUGCUGAGUGACGGUCUCUACGUGGCGCCACUUGUCAAAAUGACGCAGCAGCAUUCUCUAAGCACGGACACGUACCUGUACGCGUUCACGCACGCGACUGUGUCGGACACCGCCCUUUACCAUAACUGGACCAGCGCCGUCCAUGGGGACGAGCUGGCCUACAUAUUCGGUGCCCCGCUUGUCGAGGGCGUGACUCCAUUUUCAGAAAAAUUCACCCCUCUAGAAAAGACCAUCAGCGAAACCAUGAUGAGAUAUUGGACCAACUUUGCAAAGACAGGAGAUCCCAACAAGCCUGAAGGGGAGUUGGCUUUUGAACAGAAGCUUCGCAGUGAUCCUGGAUGGCCCAAAUAUGACAGGAAUCAGCAGAGAUUUCUCCACUUUGGUUCUAAUACUACAAGCUCUAGUCACUACAGAGGAAAAGAAUUAUCGCUAUGGCUAGACCUCAUUCCAAAACUCAACCAGCCCGGAAAACCCAACCCAGACCCUCGGGAACACGAACUCAAGGACCAAAACAACAUGGCGACUUUCGACGACCCGCACCGACUGAUCACAGAUUUUAAAAAGUUUUUUCCACCCCACCCACCUAUCCCCCCUUCGCCACCCCCAUUGAAUAACGGAGUGUACUUCCCACCCGGAGAUUCCGAAUAUACAAACAAAGAGAAAACAAAACGGGAAGACUCUUUGGAACAGUUUAAACCUCAAUCGGAGGAGAAGGCGGAACAAGAGUCCAGCCUGAGUAACUCGGUGCCUCUGAGUAUCACAGUGGCUAUAGGGUGUUCCUUGUUAUUCAUCAACAUUUUACUGUUUUCUGCCGUGUAUUAUCAGAGACGAAGAAUUCAGAGAUUAAAUCGGGAAGCCAUAGAGCAGGAACAUAACGAUCAAAACGACUUUCCCGACAUAGGACACAAAUCUCAGAGAGAAAACACAGCCAUUAAAGAGCCUCCCGAUCGUGAUUUGCAUCUCGAUCCCCAUAGUAAACCUAAUAUUCAGAGUAACCCUUUAUAUACUGUGAUAAGUAAAUCACCCUGUGACUUAGCCCAGGAGUCGUCGCACGAGUCCCUGUCGACGCUUUCCUGCGCGUCAUCGGGCGUCCACCAGAAAAAUGCUGUCAAUCAUAAAGGUGUAGCCCCGCCCACUAUACCGAGAGACGCUCCAGUGAUUCAGAGAGACCAUAUUCCAAACUCUAAAUAUGCAGCGAAUAGUAGUAGUAAUUUAUCAAAAGAAAAAAUGAACAAUGUUCGAAAUUCGACGCCCACACAUGACACGAUAACUGUUGUCUAACAUUGUUCAGCUUUAAUGGUCUUAUAAAAGUAAUUGUUAUUUAUAUGAUGAUUGAGUGAAGUUAUUUUGAAAUAUCGUGGAAACACGAUCAUCGUCUUGCAGUUUCGUUUUUGCAGUCCCAGGGGGAAUGUGUGAAAAAUGAAAAAUAUUGAAGAAUGUUACAACCCUACAGUGUGGGAAGAAAAAUGAAGAAUUAUUAUACAUUAUUUUCAGAAAUUGUUAAUCAUCAAUCAUUUUCGCUUGCUGUUGUUCAGUCAUUGAUUUAUUUAUUUUGUACACAUAGUUAAUAAAGUAAUUUUGUUUUA